UUCUUCUGCACAGGAGUCAUGAAGCACGCUAGCUAAUCUAGCUGCUGAAAAAUUGAGUGUGGAAAUGAGGAAAUGUGUGAGUUUUAGCUGAGUUUGUUGCGACCAAGUCAGCGUGUACUCUGAAAUGACUUAAGGAAGUGGUGGCUGUACGCUGGCGUAUUAGUGGAACAUAAAGAGAGUCAGCAGAAGAUGAUAGAACCAGAGCUCCUGACCGAGGUCCCUGCAGCCCUGAAGCGGCUAGCUAAGCAGGUUGUAAGGGGUUUCUAUGGAGUGGAACAUGCCUUGGCCCUGGAUGUGCUGAUCCGUAAUCCAUGUGUACGUGAGGAAGAUAUGCUGGAGCUGCUCAAGUUUGACCGCAAACAGCUGCGCUCAGUGCUUAACACCUUGAAGGCAGAUAAGUUUGUCAAGUGCCGCAUGAGGGUAGAGACGGCUCCUGAUGGCAAGACGACACGGCACAACUACUACUUCAUCAACUACAGGGUACUGGUCAAUGUGGUCAAGUAUAAAUUGGAUCACAUGCGACGGCGCAUUGAGACAGAUGAGCGAGACUCCACCAACCGUGCUUCCUUCCGGUGCCCUUGCUGCUUUUCCACCUUCACUGACUUGGAGGCCAACCAACUGUUUGACCCUAUGACAGAUACGUUUCGCUGCACCUUCUGCCAGACGGAGGUAGAGGAGGAUGAGUCUGUCUGUCCCGAUGCCAGGACACUGGUGGCACGCUUCAAUGAGCAGAUUGAACCCAUCUAUGCGCUGCUACGUGAGACCGAAGAUGUCAACUUGUCCCAUGACCUGCUGGAACCUGAGCCUGCUGAGAUCCCUGCUCUCAAACAGAGCCGUGAACGUGCUGCAGCAUCCGGAGGAAACUCUGCAAGCACCCAGCACCGUGAGGCCUGGUCUAACAAAGGCUCAUCCUAUGCCGAUCUGUACACCCAGAAUGUGGUUAUUAGCAUGGAGGAGCAGGAAGACCAACAGAAGCAGGCCAACGAGGGCAAGGCACCUAAGGAGAGGCCUGUGUGGUUGACCCAGAGCACCGUGCAGGGUGCUUACAGCGAGCCUGACAUCCUCAAAAACCGUGGAGACAUUGUACCAGAGGCCCAGGAUGGAGCAGCUGGUCAUGGAAUUGGUCAGGCAGAUGAAAAUGAGGAGGUGAUGCGCGCUCUGCUCAUCCAUGAAAAGAGGGGUGUGGCAGCAGCAGGUGGAGGUGGAGCAAGUGCCGCUGCCAGGGGACUCGCCUCCGCCACAGCUAAUGCCAGCGACUCAGAGAGCGACACUAGCGAAUCAGACGACGACUUCCAUUCAGGUCCUCCUGCCGCCACGGCUGCUCAGCAUCGGACCAACGAGGAGGAGGAAGAGGACGAUGAUGAGUUUGAGGAGGUGGGGGAUGAGCCAGUGGUGAUGGUGGGAGGUCGGCCGUUCUCGUACCGAGAGGUGAGCCAGAGGCCAGAGCUAGUGGAGCAGAUGUCUGCACAGGAAAAAGAGGCCUACAUUGAAAUGGGACAAAACCUCUUCCAAGACAUGUUCUUCUGAACAAACCCAUUUACUUACACACGUACACUAUUUCCCGAAUAUAUACUUCUGCUGUUUCAUGCUAUCAGCCGUGUUAUCAGAGGAAAUGUCUGUGGGCACAACUUCCCAAGAAGAAAACAAGAUGCUGCUCAAGAAGUAUUUUGCCAGACAGCUUCAUUCUCCUGCAACAGAAGGACCAAGGACAUGCUUUGACAGUGUUGCCUAUGCGAUCACACUUGUAGUAUUCUGUUCAAAGUAUUUUUGAAAGUCACCAAACCAGAAAAGAGCUGGCCAGCUGCAGUUUGUGCACAAAGGGUCAGUUAGUUUUUUGUUGUGCUAUAAACUUACUUUUUUGCUGUGUUUUUCAGUUGCUCGUACAUCAGACAGAAGCAACACAAGCAUAUUUUUUAUACUAUAAGUCCAUUUUCACAUGUAUUGGGCUGUGAGAAUUGCCAAAAGACGUCUCAGUGCAAAGCAGCACUGUGGCCGAACACACUGACAAAGGACCGAAGCUGCUGCUGAUGCUGCUCACGUGCUGCUUUCACUCCGCUGCCAGUGCAGACAAGGCAUGGCCAAAUAUUUUGUGUUUUUCUAAAACAAGUUAACAGACUGGAUUUCAAAGCUCAUCUCAGGCAAAUGUUGAAUACAGGAGAAGAAAGAAGAUAUGGGUAAGUUGUUUUGGUUAACAUUAAAAAAAAAUAUUUUGAGUAGUCUGUAAUAAAAAAAACACACUGCAGUUCAGGCAUAUUAAUGGAAGUGUAAUAAAUGUGUUAACUUGGAGUGAAACUUAAGUCGGAUUAUAGUAGGGAGAGGAAUUAAAAUGUUUUGUACAGACGUUUAGACUUACAAGCAAUUUAGAAUAUAAUAAGUAUGGAAGAACUGUGACGCUUGUCUUCUCAGAUAGUGGACAAGACUGGCUGAGCACACCUUCACAUUAAAUCCCAUGACUACAUAAGACCUGUUAGCAGCUCAUGUUGGCUGAAAGGCAGAUUUGCGACCAUUUGAAAUGAUCAUUAAUAUUCAAAGAUCUAAGCAGCAGAAGAUAUCCGACUAUUAUUACACGAUGUGUAUAGAAUUUUUAAUUCAGUUUUUGUUGUUUUGAAUUGCAUUCACUUUGUAAAAAUAAAAAAAAAAUCUUUUAGUUUUCUCUUCACCUUCCA